UCAUCAUACUGCGUGAUAUUCUUUUUUAAUUUCGAGAUCCCAUCUGCAUAUUUCGUUUCGAUUUGGGAAAAUAAAGGAGGAAGAAAAAGAAUGCCCCUCAUAAUCAUCACUGGCCUCCCCUGCUCAGGCAAGACUCACCGAGCGCAACAGAUCGCCGCCGACCUAGAGAAUUAUAUCGCUUCGUCGGACUCAGUAUCUCUGAAGAACAAUGAUAAGAAGAAAAAGACCGUACAGAUAAUUCCUUCACAACACGCAUCUGCAGAUAUAUCACCACCUCCACCACCUCCAUCACCACCACAAACCAAAGUCGACGACAGCAGCAGCGGCGAUCCAGAACUUGUGAGGGAUCACAUAUACAACAGUGCGGCCCAAGAAAAGACGGCUCGAGCGGCCGAGUUCUCGGCGAUCAAGCGGGCGGUGUCGAGGGACAAUAUCGUCAUCGCGGACGGAUUGAACUACAUCAAGGGUUACAGGUAUCAGUUGUGGUGCGAGGCGAAAGCCGCAGGGACAAGGUGCUGCGUGGUCCACGUGGCCGCUCAAGAGGAAGAGUGUAAGAAGUGGAACCGGGAACGUCAGAGGGUAUGGGGGAGACGACGGGACGAGAGGGCCGAGGACGAAGAUGGUGGGACGGGUAACGGCAACGGCAACGGCGACGGCGACGCCGGAGGGACAAAAAGGACAAGAAGCAAGGCACAGGGUGAGGCCGUCAUGGGUGACCUAGUGCCGGAGAGUCACACGGCGAUAUACGGUGACAGGAUCGUGGGAGAUUCGAGUCUAUCGAGGUCAUCAAGUAUGGAUGGGUUCGGUGGCGAAGACGAUGAACUCUCACGACCACGACCACAAAUCCAACAAGACACCAUGACACUCAAGAGUCUGUACAUCAGCGACCGAACGGAGCGGGACCACUCAAAGGCCGGGGAGGGGGACUCGACCACAAACACAAACGCACCGACACGAUCUGGAAAUUCCUCUUCUCCUUUGGCGGUACCACCGAGUACCGACAUGGUCCCUCCGCCCCCGACAGGUUCCCGACCGUAUUCAUCUUCGACCUUGACCUCCUUGAUCAUGAGGUACGAACCUCCUUCCCCGUUUUCUCGUUGGGACACUCCCCUCUUCACGGUCCCCUCUGCCGAUUCCACCCCGCCGAGUCACGACAUCUGGACGGCAUUGUUCCCUCCUCGGGCGAAACCCACGAGCAAGAAGGCCCCGUCGCAACGACGGACCGCGGCCACCGAGUCGGCCGCGACCGCAAACUCGACUCGCACAGAACAACAAGACGAAAGGGGAGAAGAGGUGAAGAAACACGCCGCAACCGUCCUCCCCAGAGCCACCGGUUCAGAUGCCCUACAGAUCCUGGAGAACGCCACCAUGGAAGUGGUCAAACAUCUCCUGGCCAGAGCCAGGGAGACUGGUGUGGCAGACGUCGAUUGUUGUGGGGAUGUCGACCUCUUUUUGAUCCCAUCGACCACCGGUACUACCACCGCCGACGGCGACGCUCGUGGUCCCGGGGACGCCGCCGGAGGUUACGAAAAUCUGACCCUCUACGUCCCUUCGACGGUCGCCCUGUCUCAACCUUUACUACAACGACUCAGGCGCACAUACACGCAGAUCCAGAGAGGUGGGAUCGCCCACGGUCAAGGUUACGUCAAGGGUCGACGGGCGGUGAUCAAGGGAUUUGUCGGAUUUCUCGAGAACGAAUGGAACGAUGACUGAACGAUACUAACCCCCCGUGACGCACGUGUAAAAUCAAUGAAAGAACCCGACGAAAAUAAUAGUACCUGGGUGAAUGUUGAAACGAAAGGUUUCGACUGUAGAACUACUACUACUACUACUACUACCACCACCACCACCACCACCAUCGCAUAUCAGGUGGCGUCAUGUCGUGAAGGGGAAAGUAAUGUAAUCCAACUUGAUACUUCAUACGUUGAUACUUAAUAUGGGACUACUUCAUACCUUUGGGGAAGAAGAAUUUCCC